AUGGCACAACUCGAAGACCGUCUCAAGACUCAGAAGGCACUGAAUAUUCAACUAGAGACCUUAGUCCAACAGCUCGCACAAUCCUGCAACAGACAACCAGAUGCUAUGAUGGGACUCAAACAGCGUAUGGAUGAGCUUUCCAAUCAAGCUGAUGGACAAAAGACUAUUGCUGUGGCGAAACUCACAAAGACAAGUCGGCAAAUUCGAGAGCUAGAUGAGCGGCUGCAAAGGUCGGAACGUAGGAGCGAUAUGGACAGUCAAAAGCUUAUGGAGCUAGAAAUGGAUGUGGAGCACCGUUUCGAGACAGCAGUGAUCGUUGCUCAAGAGGACCUGCGACACCACCAUGAUAUGGUGCAGUCGCAAGCGAACGAGCAUACAGAGACACUAUUGAAGACUGUCAGAGUACUGGAUUCCAUCAGUCAACGAGUCAGCGUACUCGAGGCUGCGCAAGAUUCACAUGAAACGGCGACCAAGACCUGCCAGGCCGCCACGACUUUGCUCGAACCCCUGUACGAGCGUGUGAAACCGGUAAAACUCGCUUCUACCGCUCUCCAGAUGGACGAUUCAAUUCACCCGACGCUGAAGAUAAUUGAUUCCAAACUCAAAAACCUUCAGUUCGAUGUCGACACACUAAGAUCGCGCUCGGAUACCGAAAUUGUCGCAUCUGUCAACUUCAAGAAAAGACUUGUUGCACUAGAGGAAGGUAGUGGAAGUGUGGCAUCAACUAAGAUCAAGGAAACACUCACUGGAUUAGAGGAGAAAAGCCGAGAUAUGAUCGAUUAUGUAUAG